AUGGUCGCAUCCGACCUCACAGUCCGUCUAGCGGACCACUUCGGCCCCUACAUCGCCUCCGACCCUUCGCUCCUCACAGAAACCACCUCCAUCUGCACCCACUACCGCAUCACGCCCGAAGACCUCUUUUACAAAUGGGAGGCAUUUGCCAUCAACAAUAGUCUGCCCAAGUCAGAGCCACUGACACUCGAUCAUGCGAGGGAGUUGCGCAAGAUCAUUGCCACCGCCGUCAACAGCGCUGCUGCGAGUGCUGCAGCGGGUGCGGGCGAUGCGACGCCGUUGAAGCCGAGCAACGCGCUGAACAGGGGCAAGGUGGCGGGUGACUUGGGGCAGAUGUUGGGCAUCAAGUCGACUCCUCUCAAGCCGCAGCAAGGCAAUGCAUUCCAGACACCAGUCCGCGCUGCCUCUUCGAGCUUCUCGCCCUUCGGCGGGCCAGGUGCAACUCCGGCCACUGCGUCCGCCUACAAGCCCUCAGGUAUCAGGGAUAGCGACGUGCACAUGUCGGACGUCGACUCACCUCUCCGCCCGUCCCCCGCCGCCCCAUCCAAAUCGGUUCAUGCACCAUAUACCAUCCUCGAAUCGCUCAACGAGCACAUCCCUCUCGUCCCUUCCGGCUCGCACCUCCUGCCCGCCGGCCGCAAAUCCCGUGUCUCCCUCGCCAUGGCCACCGACCCCAAAGCAUGGAACUACCGCUACAUGUUCGAAAAGAAAGACGAGCGUUCCUCGGUCCUCGACGACCGCAUCGACCAAUUCGCCGCCCUUCUUCGCGAAACAUACUCCCUCCCAUCCGACGAAGAGUUGGGUGACCCCUCGCUCCCUUCGCAAGAACCCAUCUGGGUUGUCGGACGGAUCUGCCCCGCCCUACCGGCUCCCGAGUCCUCGGCUGGUCACACACUCCGUGGCAAGCGGGAGGAGGCGUUCGGCCUACCGAAGCUGGCCGAGACGGGCAUCGUGCUGGAGAGCUCCCGCAUGAUGGGGUCUGGCAACCGAACCCCGCUCGUCUUUGCUAAAGGGUGUGUGGUGCGUCACACUCCACAGGACCCGGGCACCGGGGGCGCAGCAACGACGCUCUCCCUCUUCCCAGGUCAGAUCGUUCUGUGUCGCGGCAUCAACGCUGGCGCAGACAAGUUCAGUGUGAGCGAGAUUUGUUUCCCUCCACCCUUGCCGCUGGCAGUGCACACUGCCGGCGAGGCGAUAGACCACAGCUACUCGCCCGGCAAACUCAACGGUGCCGCUUUGAACGUGGUUUUGGCCAGCGGACCUUUCACCUCCGAGUCGGAUCUAGACUUUGCACCUUGGCACCGGCUCAUGGAUGCACUCGAAGCGGGUGGGUUGCCCUCCGACGCGACCUCCGACUCACGCCGCGGUGUGCCGGAUACACUCGUCCUCACCGGUCCUUUCCUCUCCGCGCAACACCCUCUCCUACCAUUCGCGACCGAGCUGCCCAGUGACAUCUUUGCCAGGCACAUUUCGACCCGCCUCACGGCGCUCCUCGCCAAAUACCCGGGAACAAUGGUCGUCCUCAUCCCGUCCACCCAGGACAUCCUCAACAUCCACUCUGCCUACCCACAACCUUCGUUUGGCAAGGAAGACGCCACAGGCCCGAUGGGGUUGCCCAAAGCCCGCGUUCGCUGUCUGCCCAAUCCCUCGGUAUUUUACGUCAACGAGCUGGUGGUGGGUGUCACCUCCGAGGACGCGUUGGGCGAUCUGAAAGGCGAAGAGAUGGUCACUCGAAUCGAAGCAUCGCCGACGCCUGCCAAGGUGAUCGGAGAGAGUGUUGCGUCGAAAAACAAGGAGACCAACACGCGAUGGUCUCGCUCGAUCCUCUCCCAACGCAGCUUCUACCCCCUCUACCCACCACCGACAGCAGCGGGGUUGGCAUACGAUACGUCGCACAGCCAUCUCCUCGGCUUCCCGGCCGUAACGCCCGACUUGCUCGUGCUGCCGAGUCGUAAGCUGGCCAAACCGUUCCUUCGCGUCGUGUCGAGCGCAACGGUCGUCCAACCGGGCAGCGUGGCCAAGGGCACUGUGGUUUGUGUACAGGUGGACCCUCUGCCGAGAGCCGAGCUGCAAGGCAAGGACGAGAUGGAGAGCAUCAACGCAAGGUUGUACGACAGGGCGCGCGUGGAUGUCGUCGCUAUCUAG